AUGCAGGGACAGCAGCAGCAGCAGCUGGGUGUGAAACCACCUCCGGGAGCUUACACCGGACCACCACCUCCUCCUCCAACUACAGGGUAUGGAGCGCCACCUAUGUCCGGUCCGCCGUCGGGAGCGCCACCUACGUCUGGCCCACGUUCGGCGGCGCCACCUAUGUCUGGUUCGCCGUCGGGAGCGCCACCUAUGUCUGGCCCACCAUCGGGAGCGCCAUCUAUGUCCGGCCCACGUUCGGCGGCGCCACCUAUGUCUGUUCCGCCAUCGGGGCCGCCGAUGUCUCAGGGGAACCACGUGCUGCCACCUACGUCAGUGUCAUACCCAAGUUACAACGGCCCGCCGCAUGCAGGAGCCACGCGUGCAGCGCCACCUAUGCAGGGGCAGCAGCCGUCGCCCUACGGGCCGCCUUCGUCGAUGAGUCAGCCCCACCCCGGGCCGCCCCCAGGACAGUACGGGGCGCCCCCGCGGCAGCAGGUGGCGCCACCGCCGACGGGGCCGCCCUACGGUGCGACAAGCCAGCAGAGUGCGCCACCGCUACCUGGGAGUUUGGGUGAGGUUCGAAGAGUUACGUCGAAGAUCUUACG